AUGAGGCGGCGUGAGGAAGAGACGCACAUGGCAAAGCAGUCAUGUGACCGCAGUGUGGCGGUGGCCGAUCACUACAACCGUCUGCAGGAGGUCGGUCUUCAGGCUCGAUCCCAGAGCCCCAUCUUCUACAUGAGGAACUUCAACAACUGGGUCAAGAGCGUCCUCAUUGGUGAGAUCCUGGACCAGCUCCGGAGGUCCAGUCCUGGUCCGGUCCGAGUCCUGGACUUGGGAUGUGGUAAAGGAGGAGACUUACUGAAGUGGAGACGAGGAAACAUCAGCCACCUGGUGUGCACAGACAUUGCUGACGUGUCCGUGGAUCAGUGCAGAAUCAGAUUUGAGGAAAUGAAACGAAAAAGUCACAACAACGACAUUUUCUCUGCAGAGUUCAUCACUGCAGACGCAACAAAGGAGCAGCUGGCGCCCCGUCUGGCUGAUCCCGCCCUGACCUUUGACCUCUGCAGUUGUCAAUUUGUAGUUCAUUACUCGUUUGAGUCUCGACUCAAAGCUGAAACUAUGUUAAAGAACGCAACAGAAAAACUGAGGCCUGGAGGCUUCUUCAUCGGGACCACCCCAGAUGCCUAUGAGCUGAUGAGGCGUGCUUCUCAGUCCGCAGACCUCAGCUUUGGAAACAAUGUGUUCCGGGUUCAGUUUAAAUCCAAACCUCCGUUUGCUUUGUUUGGAGCAGAGUAUCACUUCCACCUGGAGGGGGUGGUCGACGUGCCCGAGUUCAUGGUGUACUUCCCGCUCAUGACCAGGAUGCUGGAGAAGCUCGGCAUGCGUCUUGUUUUGAAAAGCCGCUUCAGUGAGUUUUUCCAGGAGAAAGUGAAGGAUGAGCGUCACAGCAGUCUUCUGCAGAAGAUGAGUGCGCUAGAGCCAUUUCCUGCCGCAGACGGUAACCAGGCAACAAGCGGCAACGGAGAAUACAGUCAUGUGACAGAGGGGAUGCGACCUGUGGGCACACUCAGUCGCUCUCAGUGGGACGCAGCCAGUUUGUACCUCGUCUAUGUAUUCCAGAAGAUGGACCCCGCCCCCUGA